CUCCGCCUGCUCCCGGUGCCCCUUCGGCCAGUGGUCCGUAAGCCCGGGCGCUGCAGCGCUCCGGCCCCGGGUCUCCUCGGGCCGGCCCCGGGCGCCUCUUGUCCUGGGUGGGCUAGUUCCGGUGCGCGCGCCGGGGACUCCUCUCCCCGCCCAGAGAACCCCCCUGCCCCGCGUGGGCUGUGCCCGGGCCCUGUCAGGGAAUACGGCCCCUCGCUAGGUCCCCAGCAGCGAGCGAAGCAGCAGGCUCGAUGGGCUUGGGGAGGGGACGCUCAGCAAGUGGCGGGUUGGCCGGCGAGCCCCGGUAACGCCCCGCAGCCCGGGCUGGCAGACAGGUCCGAUCACACACGUUGCCGUCAAUCACUAGCAUGAAGCUGCGUCACGUGAGAUGUUAAAACCCGAACUGAACAAUGGAGAGUGGCUCUGGCGCUGGGGAUUAGCUGUGCCAACCCUCUGAAACGGCCCCCAGCACAGCAUAGGCUGGCCGCUGAGACAGCUCAUAGUUUUUUACUCUAGGCAAAUGAUAAAGCCAGACGUAUUUACUACGUUAAUAAAUACAAGUAGCAGCUGGUGCCGUAUGAAUGGAGGUGGAGUUUUACAGAACACUUGGAUCCCUAUGGAGCAUGUGGGCAGAGGUAGCGUUGCAUAUAUGAAUUUUCAAAAACCAAGGACAGUUCAGUAAGUUUAGAGAAGAAAAGGCUGGGGCACUGGAUUUGCUAAAGGAGCUUAAGAAUAUACCUAUGACCCUUGAGUUGUUACAGAUGUUUCAGUUUUGGAGCAGGAGGAAGAGGGGAAAUUGGAAAAAUAUCCCUCUACAUGGAUAGACCCCUGAAUAACUUGGGAGUAUAUUAAAUCCACGAGAAUUGGUAUGUCAGUGAAUGCAAUACGCAAGCAAAGCACAGAUGAAGAGGUUACAUCUUUAGCAAAAUCUCUCAUCAAGUCUUGGAAGAAGCUGUUAGAUGGACCGUCAACUGAUAAAGACUCUGAAGACAAGAAAAAGGAACCUGCAUCUUCAUCACAAAACAGUCCUGAAGCAAGAGAAGAAAGCAGUUCCAGUAGCAACUCCAGCAUCAGGAAAGAGGAGGCUAAUGCUUCAUCUGAUUCCUUCAUCCCUUCUUUUCCUCGGGCUCCAAGUACUUCAGAUUCUGUACGAGUGAAAUGUAGAGAAAUGCUGGCUGCUGCUCUCAAAACAGGGGAUGACUACAUUGCUAUUGGUGCUGAUGAGGAAGAGCUGGGAUCUCAGAUUGAAGAAGCUAUAUAUCAAGAAUUGAAAAACACUGACAUGAAAUACAAAAAUAGGGUACGAAGUAGAAUAGCAAAUCUCAAGGACACAAAGAACCCUAAUCUAAGAAAAAAUGUAUUAUGUGGGAACAUACCUCCAGACAGGUUUGCCAAAAUGACAGCAGAGGAGAUGGCAAGUGAUGAGCUGAAAGAGAUGCGCAAAAAUCUGACCAAAGAGGCUAUCAGAGAGCACCAGAUGGCUAAGACAGGAGGCACCCAGACUGACCUGUUUACAUGUGGCAAAUGUAAAAAGAAGAAUUGCACUUACACACAGGUUCAAACCCGCAGUGCUGAUGAACCUAUGACAACAUUUGUUGUCUGUAAUGAAUGUGGAAACAGAUGGAAGUUCUGUUAGAAGAAACAACUGUCAAGACACCUGGACCAAUAUGAAAGAGGAUUUUGUAAUUAGUUUUAAGAACUAGGCCAGGCAUGUAGGUUCCUGCAAACAAGAAACUUUUUUUUUUUUUUUUAAAGCAGCAUACAUCCCUGGAGUUAACCUUUGGUUUUUGACACAACUUCCUUAAAUGCUUUCCUAUAGUUAAUAGUCAGUAGGGCCCGGAUGCUCAAUUGUAUGGUGUAUGUUUAAAAUAUUUUUUCAUUUUUAUAAGUAAGUUGACAUUAAACUUUUAUCAAUAAACUUUUGGUAACUGAAUUGUUUUUCUUAACUAUGUGAACAAUGUACUGUAUAUUUUUUUACAGUCUGAAACAUACCCACCAGACAUAUUUUACCUCUCAACCAUGUUAAAAAUGUAUGAAUGAAAUUUGUAUUGGUUUCUUAUUGGCAUAUUCCUACUAAUUUUUGGGGAGGAAGGACAACUAACUUCAUUUUAAUUAUACCAAAUCUGCUGUGGUAUCUAAAUUGCAACUUGUUGGCUCUGUCUGGUUUGUACAUACCAUUUAUGAAUUAAUGCUUAAAUUCUGAUCAUGAAAUUUGGAACUUUGUUAAUGGAUCUGUUGACCUCUCUUUACAAUGCUUGGAUAAGUUUGCUUAUGUAACCAGCAUUGAUCAGUCCAAUUUAUUGUAUUGCCCUAAAGCCUGUAUAUUACUACCACUAGAUUUUAUUUCUGGAGAAAUGACUUAAAUAGUUUGUUUAAAUUUGAUCUCAUUGGUUUGUUUUGCUUAUGUGUUUGAUACCAGAGUUUAUUUUAGACUUUGUAAAUGAGCAAAGACAUUUUGUGGCAGGCUGUUUAAAUGACGGUCAGUAAACCAGUUGAUAAAAAGAUAAAGAUUACUUGGGGAAGUAAUAUUACUUUACAUCAAUUCAUAUAAAUGGCAUUAGUUUCCCAUGAACUGCUAAUUAACUUUAUUUUGAUAUGUAGAAUCAUUGAUGCCAGUGAUCAAACCAGAGACCAGAAUAAAUCAUUAAAAUUAUGGUCUUUCACCAUCCAGGAUGAUAGAAAGAUUUGUUUUAUUAGAAUCUGUUUUUUAACAGGGCACCUUUUAAAACACUUUGCAAAUGCUAUUUAGCAAAGAGCCAGCAUGGUUAGAGGACAUAAGAUGCUUACAUUUUUGGCAACCUCUAUAUUUAUAUUUAUAUUUAUCUAAGCUCUGGGGGUGAGGAAGGUCUGUCCAAUCAAUGCGUGAGGAAUUUGUGGGUAGCUGUAGUAUGUAAAUCCAUUUAGUUUCUGGAGAAUAAACUCCUUAACUGGAAUGGGCAGACAGAAUUUUUCUUUUGCUGAUUUGCUCUGUAAUGGUAGAGACAUGGUUUCAAAUGAGGCAGCGUUAAAUUCUGAAAACACUUAAGCUGUGAGACCCAAAAAAGAGUGUGCUAAAUACUUUAAUUUUGCAUUACAAAUCAAACUUUCCUAUUGAAAGAGAAAAAUAGUCUAUUCUUUUGGAAGGGAAAAUAAAUGUGGAUAAGAAUUUUGCUUGUUAUAGACACAUCUGCUUUUUAAAAAGGAGGAAAUUAUUCAAAUAUUUCAAAGGUUAUUGCAUAAUUUUAUGGAAAGAAUUUGGAUUCUGCUUGUUUGAUAUUUCUGCUCUAAUUCAGAAAGAUAUUUUUAAAAUUAAACUGACUUGAAAAGUGAACAGAAUAAUCUACAAUUAAAACUUAGCACGAUUGUUUUAAUUAUGUAUCUGAAAAUAUCUUGAAAUUUUUUAAGUUGCCUUAGACAACAAAAAAAUGACUUUAAUUAUAGAUGUUUAGUGUCCGUGUGUCUGUCCUUUGUUUUUGGGCACUUCUGAAAGGACAAGUCUAACAAAUUGUAUUAAGCAAAUAUAGUCCUUGUGACUUCGGUACCAGCUGGACUUUGACAGCAGUGGAAAUCUCAUUUAGUUACAGAACAGGCACAGCGUGGUGUGUACGAAGUUCCUCACACUAUGUCUACCCUCAACCUAUCUCUGCCCUUACAUGAAAGGAUAGCUUCCCUGGAUGAUAAGAUACGAUAAUAAUUCACUUUCCAUGCCUGCUCAGUUUUGUGAGACUUUGCACAGGAAAUGCACAAAUCACUAAAGCCUGUAUCACAGUUCAGACUCUUCUGAGAACUGGAAUGAGAUAUUCUUCAUCUAAAGCCCCAGCCAGGAGAUAGUAACAGUUUCUGGUACUAGAUCCUAGAGCUACUUGGGCAAAACUCCCAUUGGCCAAAAUGGGACAAGUUAAGGGCCUUAGUCCCUCCUGACCGAGAUAGGUUGCUGAAUUAAAUUGAGUCAUCCUGUCCCCAUAAAGUUAUUGUAGUGUGUUUAGUAUAAAAAGUGUUCUCUUUAACAAGUUUGAGACUGAUGCUCACUAAUAGUUUAAAACUUGGCUGUGUCUUUAGAUGAAGAAGUUAAACACAAUUUCUCAGGGUGCAUUAUUAGUUUUUAAAUUUCAUAUUAAGAAGGCUUUAAUGGUCAUUCUUUGUGUCUCAAAGUGCCCUCUCAUAUUAGAAAGGACACCUAGAUACUGGAACACCAUGCUACUGGAACAAAUUUUUGUGUGAUUUUAAAAUGUGUAACCUACAGACGUUUGGUAUAUUGUACUUCAUUAUAUUGUACUAAUGAAUUUGGAAUUUAAAGUUCAGUCUAAAGCACAAUGUGGAUAGCAUCAAUUGAUGUGUUGGCUGAGGGGGUCCAUGCAAUUUUAAUAUUGCUUAGCAGGUUUGUGAAAAGAACACUCUUUAACAGUAUGAAUGUUCUGUGGGAGUUAUUGGUAUAUAAAGUACAAACAUUUAAAAGCUAGUACCAGUGGAAUAGAAGGUUAGUGCAGCUUAAUGAUGUCCUGCUGCUAGAUAAAUGCCAGUGCAAACCAGCAAUG